AUGGACCCUGCUGUGAAGCUCAACAGUGAGGAGGGCGAGUUAUUGUCAAAUAUUACUCAAUAUAGAAGGUUGAUUGGAAGGUUGUUGUACCUAACAUUGUCUCGACCAGACAUUACAUAUGCUGUAAAUAAACUUAGUCAAUUCGUGUCAAAGCCUCGAGUACCUCAUCUUCAAUCAGUACAUCAUCUCUUACACUACCUCAAAGACACGCCAGGACAGGGUCUGUACUUUGCAGCAGCAUCCCCUUUGUUAUUAAGAGCUUAUGCUGAUGCUGAUUGGGCUUUAUGUGUGGAUGCUAGGAGGUCAAUUACAGGUUAUUGCGUGUUUUUUGGAGACUCUUUAGUGUCUUGGAAGUCUGUCAAGCAAAGUACAGUUUUGAGAUCGUCAGCAGAAUCAGAAUACAGAGCAUUAGCAGCUGUAGCUAGUGAAGUAACUUGGAUGAGAGGACUUCUCAAAGACUUUCACAUAAACAUAGGGUCUUUCAGCAGUGUACUGUGA